AUUUUGAAAACCUUAGAUCAGCGAUUUCAAGUUGCACCCCCUCAUGAGCUCAAAAGUUUUAGCUGCUUGUAUGGGCUUGGGCUUCAAUUAAAUCCUAGCACGCUUUCUUGAUGGCGAUGGUUGCUUUAUCCUGAUAGUAGGUCUGGCGGUCUCCGGCUUGGCGGUGAGCCGGUGACGAUGAUACGACCUGGUUGGAGGUUGGAGGUGGAGCAGGAGAGUUUGCAGGAGCAGUUGGCAUGGGCGCUGGCACUCGUCCACUCGCGUCAGCCAUCCGACGCCACCAAGGUGUCGGCUCUGACGUGGCACCUUGCGCUUGCGCACGGACUCCGUCGCUGAUUCGUUUGUCUCUUCCCCAGUCGCGCACCGCGGGCCGCGGUUCGCCUGGUGGCUGCGACGUGAGUGGGCCUAUAUCAGCGCGGCACUCACGGGGAGCGGUGGCAACCCAUAUCCAUCACGGCGAAGAGACCUCGGGAGUGAGUGGGCCGCUGGGAGAGCAGACAACACUGCAACGGGGUGCGCGCCCGCCCGUGCCGUUCUCCGUCGUCACCGUUCGCCCGCUGCCGAUCCAUGGGGUGGGCGCUGGCUCUGCACGGCGGCGCCGGGGACGUGCCGCGCACGCUGCCGCCCGAGAGCAGGGAGCCGCGCCUCGCCACACUCCGCCGCUGCCUCGACAUCGGCACCGCCGCGCUCCGGGAGGGCCGCACCGCGCUCGACGUUGUCGAGCUCGUCGUGAGGGAGCUGGAGGACUGCCCGCACUUCAACGCCGGCCGGGGCUCCGUGCUCACCUCCGCCGGCACCGUCGAGAUGGAGGCCUGCGUCAUGGAGGGAGCCACCCUGCACUGCGGCGCGGUCUCCGGACUCUCCACCGUCGCCAACGCCGUCUCCCUCGCCAGACUCGUCAUGGAGAAGACGCCGCACAUCUACCUCGCCUUCGAUGGCGCCGAGGCCUUCGCCAGGGAACAGGGGGUGGAGACUAAGGAUCCAAGCCACUUUAUCACGGACAACAAUAUCGAGCGUCUGAGGCAGGCCAAAGAGGCCAACAGGGUGCAGAUCGACUACACCCAGCCAGCAGCAGGCCAAAGCCAAAAGGCCCAGGCCGUGGUGGACGACAACUGCCAGACGGGCACGGUAGGGUGCGUGGCCGUGGACGCGGCGGGCAACCUCGCGACGGCGACGUCCACGGGCGGGCUGGUGAACAAGAUGCCCGGCAGGAUCGGCGACACGCCUCUGGUGGGCGCCGGAACGUACGCCAACGCGCUGUGCGCGGUGUCCGCCACGGGCAAGGGCGAGGAGAUCAUCCGCCGCACGGUGGCGCGCGACGUCGCGGCGCUGAUGGAGCGCGGGGACGCGCUCCCGCUGCGCGACGCCGCGGCGCGCGUCGUGGCGGGGGCGGCCCGCGGCGCCGUGGGGCUGGUGGCCGUGUCGCGCCAGGGGGAGGUCUGUAUGGCGCACAACACCACCGCCAUGUUCAGGGCGUGCGCCACCGAGGCCGGCCACACCGAAGUCGGCAUCUGGACGGACGCCGCCGACGCAGGCACGGGCGCGGACGGAGAGACUGUCAGCGUCGCGCUCUAGCUCUAGGCAUUUCAUCCCCGUGUGGCGUAUUCUAUCGUUCGCGUCCCAUUAUUGCCACCUGUCCGAUAGACAACUUGUUCUCGAUCCGGUAAUUUCACCGUGCUUCAGCUGCGUGUGUUUGGAAAAAUUGAUUCGGUUUCGGGUAUUGUUAAGAGAUCGAUGGGAGAAGUGAAACAUUGUUGGGCGUUCAGUAUGCUUUUGUAAUACCUUUUGUUUUCUUAAAUAAAGUCCUAAGGAGUGUUGGGAA